AUGUUCUCUAGCCUCAGGAGCCUGUGGACUCAGGUAUUUCCCCCUCAACCCCUUUUCACAGAUAAGAACCUGCCGAGUCUUCUGGGAAAGGUCUACAUCGUAACAGGCUCAAACACCGGGAUUGGCAAGGAAGUAGCCCAGGUUUUCUACUCCAAAGAUGACAAGGUUUACGCAGCAGUGCGCUCAGAGGACAAGGUCAAUCACACGAUCGACGAGAUCAAAAGAGCCAAUCCCCAUUCCAAGGGUCAAUUGAUCUUCCUACCUCUGAACCUCAGUGACCUAGCCACUAUCAAAACGUCAGCCAAAAUCUUCCUCUCCAAGGAAGACAAGCUGCACGUCCUCUUCAACAAUGCUGGCGUCAUGACACUGCCCACUGGCUCCAAGACAGUCCAAGGUUUCGAGCUCCAGCUAGGCGUCAACGCCAUCGCCCCCUUUCUCUUUCCAAAACUACUAACCUCAACCCUCCUGUCUACGGCCAAGACUGAGCCCCGCAACACAGUUCGCGUGGUUUGGGUUUCAUCAGUGACCAUGGAGACUGGAGCUCCUAGAUCGGUCGGCAUACUCUUGGACAAACUGGACCAGCUGGCCAGCACUCACCUCUCCACAGCUGGAAAUUAUUUGUAUGCCGUUGAGUUUGCGAAACGGCACAAGGACGAGGGUGUUGUUAGUCUAGCACUUAAUCCGGGAAACCUUGCUUCAGAUCUGACACGGCAUCGGGCGUUGUUGCUGAAGCUUCUUCUGCGGCCGUUUAUAUAUCCACCUGUCUUCGGAGCUUAUACUGAGUUGUUUGCUGGGUUGUCGCGGGAGGUCACCAAUAAGGAGCCGGGGACUUGGAUCAUACCGUGGGGAAGAUUCGCUCCCGUUCGGAAAGAUUUGGUCGAGGCAACGAAGACCGAGGAGGAGGGGGGCAAUGGGACAGCGUUGAAGUUCUGGGAAUGGACUGAGAAGCAGAUCAAACCGUACCUUUAA